GCCUUCAAAAUGGGCACAAUUUAAAAGUUCGAGUCCCAUAGACUUGCAUUAUGUUCAAUGUUCGUGGUAGAACUUUCUUUAGGUUUAAAUGUUCUACCGCGAACUGAAGAGGGAGGUGUUCAAACCAGGGGCGGACUGACCAUUUGGAAACUCGGGCACUGCCCGAGGGCCCGAGAUGCCCCUGGUACCUUUUUCAUAGGCUUUUUUGAGUUUGGGGAAGGACACAGGGGCCCCAUGAUUCCCUAUUGCCCAGGG